AUGGCGGACCCCACUUUUGCUGGUACCAGUAGCAGCAUACCUUUGCGAGGUCUACGUGAACGCUUAGUUGCCAUGGCGCAAGAAUUAGCUGAAGAAAGGCGACGAAAACGUGGUAUGGAUUCUUCUGCAGUUGCAAAUAAGAGAUCAUCAUGUCCACCUGUCUUAGAUGGUUCUGUCCUUAAAAAUGAUGUCAAACAGCAGCUAGCCAAAGAACGUAGAGAAGAACAGAAACGUCAGCAAGAAGCCAACAAGGAAAAACAACUACUUGAGAAAGAACAGAAGGCGAAGCUGCAGUACGAAAAACAGUUGGAAGAAAAACACCGCAAGCUGAAGGAACAAAAGGAAAAGGACGAACGAAGACGAGCAUCUGCAGAAGAAAAAAGAAAACAGAAGCAGGCGGAAGACAAAAAAAAAUUCAAGGCUGUUGUGUCUCGUACAAUGGAGCGAUGCAAUCGUAUUGAUCAACGACAGAAAAGGUGGUCGUGGGAGGGCGGUGCGAUGAAUAAUGACAAAUCUGGAAAACCAGAAAAUAAACGAAGCUCCUCUCUGAGUAGAAAAGACAACCGAUUACAACACGGUGGUUAUACGCAACAAGUGAACGUGAACGACACACCCGGCACAGCCAAAUACUUUUUCCGCUACGUUUCUGUACCAAUGUUUACUAGUGAUGAGCUAAAGUCUUCUGCUAUGUUCCGUAAACCAUCAGCAAAAGCGCCAGUUGCAGCAAAAUUAGAAAUAACAGCCACAAAGAGACUAGAAACUCCUCUCAAAGGAGAUGUGGAAGGACCAGCAAUGAUGAACAUAGAAAUCCCACCCAAAAUAACAAUUGAAGUACCCUCUCCAACAAAGUUGGAAGAACCAGCUGAAGCUGAUGUGGAAGUAACACCUCGAAACACAGAGGACAUCUCUAAAGUGAAAGUGGAUGUUUCCAACAAGGUGGAUACCAAAGUACCUUCUGAUGAGAACAUAGCAAAACAUCCUAAACCAAAUGUUGAAAAACUCCCCUUAGUGAGUGUGGAUACCUCUUCAAGUCUUGAACCAUCUCCCACAGUGAGUGAGGAUUCAUCCCCCUCAACGAGUAUGGGAUCAUCCUCCUCUGUGAGUAUGGAAAUGUCUCCUGUUGUCAGCAUAAAUGCUUCACUUGAAACAAGCACGGAUACCUCACCUGAAUUAAGUAUGGACUCAGGAAGUAUGAAAGUGGCCUCAGAAGGAAAAACAGGAGCAUCUCUUCAGGCCAGUGGAGAAUCACACCUUGAAGCAAGUGUGAAAGUACAACCUGAGGCGAAUGUUGAAGGAUCACCAAAGAAUCCAGAAAUGAACAGAAGAAACAACAUAAACCUUACCAUCAGGAAACAAUCACCAUGCCGCAUACCAUGUUACAGAUGGCCAUCAUCUCCUUCCCUGGGAAUGCGCUCACCUUCUCCCUUAAAGGCUAUGCAGAAUCGGAAGAUACGACCUCCAUCUCCUCUACCAGUCUCAGCAAGAUUAUCAACGAAGACUUCUCUGUCAUAUAAAUUAACCCCAGUUCAGAACAUCCUAUAUGUGCCAAAUGCAUUAGGUGUAAUAGCAACAAAAAAAGAAACCAUCCAAAAGCAUAUGAUCAAAAAAGAAUCUUGUCAUAAAAUUAUGCCAAGUGGUGAAGCGGCCAAGAAAGCUUUGAUACAGGUACACCAUGCUGCUUAUGAACAAAAAGGCAAAAAGGAGAAAGAAAGAGUCCAAAGAGAAGAGAUAAAGCAAAGCAUUGCUAGGAAAUCAGAAGUUAUGGCAGAGAAACUGAAUGAAGUGCCAGCACAAGAAUCCUCACCACACAAAGAUGAGCAACAAGAGAAAGAUCCAACACUUCUUCAUCCACCAGAAGACCAGAAGGAACAGCUACAGAAAGGGGACAGUGCCAUGAUGAAAUCUCAGGACAGUGCUGAACAGCGAAAGAAGGAACAGGAAACAAUUAUGCUACAAAAUUGGCAAGAAAGAUUAGAAAGGAGAAAGGUUUCAGAAAUAUCUUCUUCAUCCGAUGAUGAAGCUGAUGAUGAAGGUGAAACAGGAAGUGAAGACUCUCUUGAGAUGUUUCCAUCAGGAGGAAAAAUGUUAUCUAUGAAACUCAAAAAAUUUCACAAAUAUGCCAAGAUAAAGCCUCAAAAACUUGUAUUUUUGCAAGCAGGAACUGGUGAGAUUGAUACUGACAAAAAUGUAUAUUUUAAUGGGAACAUGAAAGUUGUCAAACAGAAAGAUACCAAAUAUUCUACAAUUCAAGGAAAAGGCUCAAAGUUACCACCUAAAAAACCACCUACCCGCCCAAUAAGAAGCAGAAAAAUAAAGGAAGGCAGAACCGCCAUCCGUCCUACUCAAAGUGUCACCACCAAUCAUGAGUGGGUUUGUGACAAGGUUAUAGACCUUAGUCAGACCACUGAAUCACUAAAGACCACUCCUGGUCGCAGCAAACAAAGUCCAACGGAGUCUAAGAUAUCUCGCCUAGGUCCUCAGGCACAUUUGGACCAUAAGAAAAGAGCCAAAGCGGUUUCUGCCCCUUUAACCAAGGUUUUGUCCCACCUUCACAUAGCUGGAAGAGCAACUAAUCUUGAACAUCAUCCCUUUGCUUCCAGCUAUUCCAGACUGGCAUUUGGAGGAGAGGGAGAAGAGAGUGAUGUAUAAAUCCUGUGAGGCCUUGAAGAUUGAUCAUCUUCCAUUCUAUAUUAAGACUCCCAAGGCCAAGACUCAAAAUUGCCUCCUUUAUACUUGAACCUGGCAAAAGAAAUAACCUGUCAAAAAAAAGGAAAAGGAAAACAGACAAAAAAAAAAAAAAACCA